AUGGACCGCCGACGGAUGAACGCCGGCUCCCGGGUGCCGCAUGCAAAUACGUACGCUGACGUCGGCGGUCAUGUGGCUUUUGGCGUAGAUCCUCCUUGUGAUCGCGAUUUUUUUUUUCCUUGUCGACCGUUCCCCGGCUGGAUGUUCAGUUGUGUUGGGCCGUAGUACGUGUGUUAUUCGUCGGCGAACCCCUCAUUUCGGAUUUACGCCAGACACCUUCGCGUCGUGCCAAGGUCCGCGGGCAGGUAGAGUGUCCUGUCAUGCAGUUUCAUGAAGUCGGGCACCAGCGGAGCUGACGCUGACAGUCAGCCCAAGCUACUACAACAGUCCCAUCACCACCAGACCUUCACUUUCUGCUGCCCUCCCUCCUCCCUCCCGCACCCAUGUCCCAAAGGGUGGCCUAGGUCCAAGCUAUCUGUGCUCCUCACUAGCAUUCCGGGAACUCCCCCUGUCCUAUAACCCAUUUCCAAAGAUAGGCGCUCCACCCUCAGCCCAGCCUUUCAUCCCGGUGAUUCUUUAGCAUCUUAGACUCGGGCUACUCAACCAGGUGUGCCUUAGGAUAACCCCGUAUCCUUGGCAUCUCCUUCAACGAAAGGUCUCCUCUUCAGCACUUUCAGCCUGCUGUAUUAAUUCCUCUUUCCCUAGAGUCCUGCAGCCCCUUAGUGCAGGUGAUAAACUUUUUCUACCAGUCCUAGGGUCCAUCACAUACAUCCCAGGGCAAUCGCCACAGAACAAACCCUUUCCAUCAAGUGAGACCCUACAGUCUGAUAGCCAUGUCUAGCCGACGGAAGGCCUCCACACCUUGUAUGAUCCGACCAGAACUGACCAUGGUGGACCUAGAUGAAGAUGAAGAGAAUUCACAGGAGAUGAAAAUGGAGGAGAGCCAUGCUGAGGAUGGACCUAUGGAGACAGAUCCCUCUGCAGAGGAGCAGCAGUUAAUGGACUUAGAGCCCACAAACGAGCCCCUGGAUCUUCUGGCACCAACCAUAGACAAACCAGAGGCAGAGCCACCGGAUACUUCCGGCUCUCAGCGCAGACAACAAGGGGGCUAUGAGUGCAAGUACUGCUCCUUCUCAACCCAAAAUCUCAACACUUUCAAAGAGCAUGUAGACGCCAACCACCCAAAUGUAAUCCUCAACCCUCUCUACCUGUGCGCUGUCUGCAAUUUCAACACAAAAAAGUUCGACACCCUGACAGAGCACAACGAGAGGUGUCACCCAGGAGAAAGCAACUUUAAAUUCAAACGCAUCAAACUGAACAAUCAGACUAUUUUAGAGCAGACAAUAGAGGGGUGUAGUAACAAUGCAGUUAUUUAUAACACAUCCAGCAGCACUUCCAAUAAAGAGGAAGAGCUAGGUGUCCUCCCCCACAGCAAGUCCACCACAAUCAAGAUUAAUAAGCCAAAAAUUAUAACAGACACCAAACGGACAGAGUCUCAGCUGGGUAAACUGACCCCCGAUUUGGCUAAAAAACCGAUAACUGCGCUCAACGUUAACGGGACAGUCAUCAUCCCAGAGUCAACGCUCCUCAAAGCAGACAGCCUUUCUCACAUCAUGCCUUCGCUGCAGCGGCCUCCAAACUACACCCAGGUACCGAAGAUUGCAGUGCCCCUCAACACAACCAAAUACAACCCUACACUGGACGGUAACCUGACGCUCAUUUCCUCCUUCAACAAAUUCCCCUACCCGACGCAGGCUGAGCUGUCCUGGCUCACUGCAGCCUCCAAACACCCAGAGGAGCAAAUCAAAGUCUGGUUCACUACGCAAAGGCUCAAACAGGGCAUCAGUUGGUCACCUGAAGAGGUAGAAGAAGCCAGGAAGAAGAUGUUCAAUGGCACUAUCUCAUCUGUCCCUCAGACGUUCACAGUAGUAGCUCCUCAGCUCAACGCCCAGUCAUCCACCACCCAUUCUGUCUCCUCAAAACCCACCCAACCAGCAACUUCUCUGCUCCAGUCUCUCCCCUGUCAACUCCUAGGACAGACCAGCUUGGUGCUGACGCCAGUAGCUAAUGGUUCCACGGUCACCUGCACUCCACUGGCGCUCACUGUGGCUAACCAGGUGGCGCAAUCCCUCAAACGGCCCCUGCCAUCUCCUGUGAUUGCCACAGAAACUAAGCGACCCUCCAUCAUUCAAACCAUCCAGGCGCCCACAUUGAAAGCAAAGAUGGCCUCACCCAAACUGCUAAGUUUUACUGUAGAUACCAAUAAAACAGCUGAACAGCUAUCUGUGCUGAGGGCCAGCUAUACACAAUGCCCAUUCCCUGAGGAGGACGAGAUCUACAGGCUGAUAGAGAACACUGGACUGUCUAGAGGAGAAAUCAAGAAGUGGUUCAGUGAACAGAGGCUACUCAACCUCAAAGGUGUUCCUCCACCACCGGUGCUAGUUAAAGCAGAGGUGACACCAGUAUCUAAAGAUGGUCCAGUGAAGAAGGCGGUCCUCAGUCAGUUUCCUCUGCUUGAACGGGUGAAGGGAAAGUCAUCAGAGCAGCUGAAGGCACUGGAGGAGAGUUUCCAGAGGAGCAACUCUCCCACCGAAGUAGAGCUCGACCAGCUGGCUCAGGAGACCAGGCUGUCAAAGGUGGAGGUGGACUGCUGGUUCUUGGAGCGCAGAGCCCUGAGGGACAACAUGGAGAAGGCUUUACUCACCAUAGCUCCCAAAAGCACAGAAGAGAUGGUGGACCGACCUGGAGGGCUGCCGAAUGGCGCUCCUCAUCACCAACAAGAUGGGAAAACCCUCUGCUCCUCCCCUCAUCCACCUGUCCUCUCCUCCUCCUCCUCCUCUUCCUCCUCCUCCUCUCCUCCUGUGCUCAUAGCCUCCUCCCCUCAUCCACCUGUCCUUUCCUCCUCAGUUUCGCCUCCCAUCCUCACCACCUCCUCCUCUUCCUCUCCCCACCCCCCUGUCCUCUCAGCCUCCACCAGCCCAGCUCUCAUUGCUAGCCGCUCCCUCACCCUGCUGAGAGAGGUGUUCUCUAGAAAGCAGUGGCCAUCCCCCGAGGAGUACAGCCAGCUGGAGGGCCAAACCGGACUGGGCCGUACCGACAUUGUCCGCUGGUUCAAGGAACACCGCUCCGCAUUGAAGGCUGGGGAAACACUGGACUGGAUGGAUGGUUUCGAGAACCAGAACCACGGACAACGGAACACAGUCCAAGAACAAAAUGGCAACUCUGAGCCAAAACAGAAUGCUCCGCAGGAAGCAAAGGCCCAGAAAGCCGUCGGUGCUGGAGAGGAGGCUGGGGAGAGUCUAGCAGCAGCAGAGUGCACCAAACUAUCCAACCAGGAAAUAGUGCAAUGGUUCACCAACAGACUAAGUCAAAGUGUGACGGACAUGAGCCGGACCAAACCGGACCAGACAAGCUCCAACACCAACGACAAAGGAAGGUGGGUAAAGGUGACGGUGGCAGUAGGGAAGGAUAGUGAUGGAGAGGUGGAGAAAUCGACGCUGGCAUCAGACACCGACGUGAUGGCCUUGGAGCAACCUGGAAGGGUCACUGGCUGAUGUUUCAGAUAAAGGGAAUCAUGGGCUGCUGAGGCUCCAGCCAACUUGAAAGGACCCAAGAUGGCCGGAUCCUGAACCAAUGAUCUCACGUUCUGCCUGUGAAGACACCGCAAAACGCCGUGGACCCUGAAGUUCCACUUUAAAGCACUGAUGUGUGGUGCUGAGACUGACAGAAGAGUGCCAAAGCUGGACUUGAUGCAUUGUUCUUAUUAUCACUCCUACUACUACUACUUACUACUACAACAACACAUUUUUUUAAAAAGGGCCCUUGUAAAUAUUUUUCUGUAUCGCGCAAAAAAAAAAAAAAACUUUGUAUAGUUUUGCUGGGAGGGCAGAUUUUGUUACAUUUUUAAAUAAGUCUUUGGCUGGUGCCCCCAAAAUGAGGAAUGUUUCUUUUUUUUUCUAAUUCAAUAAAACCCUACCGGUUAGUUGGUAAUAGUCAGUUACAUUUUGAAAAAUCCAACCGAACAACUCUACUCAUUGAUGGCACUUAUAUUCCCAAGAUAGAAACAGAUAAUUUUCAUGAUAGGCAGUGUUUGAUUCGACUGAAAAAUGUCACCUUUCCUCGGCAUUUAAAACGGCAUCAGCGAAGUGAAGAUGAAGGAGCAGUUACAAGGGAAGGCAGUACGAACAUGUUCACAGCCUUACUGCUGAAAAGUCAAAGCCAGAGAACUGACACAGAUGGACGGGCAGACGGCGAUGACCAGAUAGAUGGUCUGUGUUUAGGCCAGAUAAAUGAAUGAGUUCACGUAGUAUCUUUGCAAUUGACUGCUGAUUUCAAACAUCAGUACUUGGAGUAUGUUCAAGGGUAAAGAAUGUCUUGGGUUUUUUUCAUAUAUAAAGAUUAAUUAUAUAUAUAUAUAGAAGACCUAGGAGUGUCUCUUCCAUCACACCGUGCUGCCUUUUCAGCUGUAAGCUGAUAUUCCUUGUCUGUAAUGGUCUUUAAGGUUCUCGCUACUGAACUGGCAAAGUACACAUUGGUAAUAAUUCAGAUUUUUCAACUAUUUUAAAAACUUGAAGCCUUGACUAAACCCACCAGGCAGUUUGUUUUUUUUCUUUUUUCGUUACAACGUAUCAAGCAUGGUAACGUGGGUGAGGAACCCCGUCAUUUUGAACAGUUUAAAAUGUACAUUUUGUUCAACAGAUCUCUGUAAACACACACCUCUAACCUUCUCUCUCUAGGCUUCCAGGCUUUAUUUAGAUAGGUCCUUCCAUUCAAAACAGGGUUGGGUUCAAUUAAUUUCCACACAGUCCGUUCAAAAAACGACCUUAAAACUGAAAUUUGUUACUUCAUCAGUUCAGGGUUUACCAUGGCUACAAAGCCUAUUUUUGCAGCAGAUUUUCUGCAAAACUUCAGAUUGGCUGCUUUGUAUGAUAAACUGCGGUGAAAGUGACGAAUGCAGAAAAUACGUUACUUACUUGAUGCUAUGCUUGAAAUGGCAUACUUGACAUGUCUUUCUGAAAACAAUUCUCCCCAUCAUUUUCUGAGAGGAUUUAAGGAACUCCUGUGUUGCAAGGUGAUAAUUGUGAACGUCAGGAUUUGAAGGAAAUUUAAUUUGGUUUCAUCCUGAAUUGCACCCUCUGCUGAUACUGAAUUUUCAUAUUUGAUGUUUCCCGUUAACUUGGUCAUAGGUUGGCUGUUGACCCAUGACUCCGUUUCGGGGUUGCAUUUGGAAAUAAACAGACCAGCUGGCCUGUUGGACUCUAACCCUGGUUUGAACAGCGGGCAAUAUGACUGUAUGCUAGCUGAAUGUCUUGGCUGCUGCUCUAGUUUCAUGUUCAGACGAGUAUCUGGGAUACUGUAUUUUUGUUUGGCUGCUGUGGAAUACUGCUUGCUUUUCUGUUUUCUACAUCAAGCCUGCUGUAACUGAAUAAAUAC